AUGACAAAGAAUUUUAUCGUCACUUUAAAGAAGAACACUCCAGAUGUGGAGGCUAAAAAGUUUUUGGAUUCAGUCCAUCAUGCAGGAGGUUCUAUCGUACACGAAUUUGAUAUCAUCAAAGGCUACACAAUCAAGGUUCCAGACGUCCUUCAUUUGAACAAGUUGAAGGAAAAACACAAUGAUGUCAUUGAGAACGUUGAAGAGGACAAAGAAGUUCAUACUAAUUGA